AUGCCGGACAGACUCCCCGGGUUUGGCAAGCCUGAUGGGGCUCUGCAUGAGAAGAAGGAGCCCAAGACCAGGCUGGACCCCCAGCCAGAGCCAGUUCCAGCUCUAGCAGAUUGGAGACCCAGCCCAGAAUCCUCGCUGACUCCCGAACUCCUGUGUUUCUUCUAUAAACACAGCAGUGAGUCCUGGGCCAUCUACCAGUCCCACGUGCUCAAAGAUGGGGCCAGCCAGGGCUACACCUCUGUCUACAGCUACACCACCCACAGCUCAGCUGGCAAGAAGCUUGUCCGGCUGGACAAACUGAAGACACAGUACCCAGGGCACCACCACAAAGGAGGUGCAGGUUCCAAAGAGUUAAACGAAGAUGUCUUCUGUAAAGAAAACUGCACGUGCCCCUCGUGCUCGCUUCGGGCCCCCAACAUAAGUGACUUGCUGAAUGACCAGGACGUUUUAGACGUGAUCCGGAUAAAGCUAGACCCGUGUCACCCGACGGUAAAGAACUGGAGGAAUUUUGCAAGCAAGUGGGGCAUGCCCUAUGAUGAGUUAUGCUUCCUGGAGCAGAGGCCACAGAGCCCCACCUUGGAGUUCCUGCUCCGGAACAGUCAGAGGACGGUGGACCAGCUGAUGGACCUCUGCAGGCUCUACCACCGGGUCGAUGUGGAGAAGGUCCUGCGGAGGUGGGUGGAGGAAGAGUGGCCCCAGAGAGCCCUGGGGGACCACUCCCAGCACUUCUAG